CCUCGCCUGCUGGGCGGAGGGAACGGCUCCGCGCCUGGACGCGUUCGCCGCCCGCCGCUCGGCAGCAAAGGUGCUGUUCUUUGGAUUUGGGUGGCUAUUCUUCAUGCGUAAGCUCUUCAAGGAUUAUGAGGUGCGACAGUAUGUGGUCCAGGUGAUCUUCUCUGUGACUUUUGCCUUCUCUUGUACCAUGUUUGAACUCAUCAUCUUUGAGAUUUUGGGAGUGCUGAACAGCAGCUCUCGAUAUUUUCACUGGAAGCUGAACCUGUGUGUCAUUUUGCUCAUCCUAGUCUUUAUGGUACCCUUCUACAUUGGUUACUUUGUUGUGAGCAAUAUCAGAUUAUUGCACAGACAGAAACUGCUUUUUGCGUGCGUUCUCUGGUUGACAUUCAUGUAUUUCUUCUGGAAGCUGGGGGAUCCAUUUCCUAUCCUCAGUCCAAAACAUGGAAUCCUGUCUAUAGAACAGCUCAUCAGCCGCGUGGGUGUGAUUGGGGUGACACUCAUGGCUUUGCUGUCAGGAUUUGGGGCUGUCAACUGUCCAUACACUUACAUGUCCUACUUUCUAAGGAAUGUGACAGAUGCAGAUAUUCUGGCUUUGGAGCGACGACUCCUUCAGACUAUGGACAUGAUUGUUAGCAAGAAAAAAAGGAUAGCAGUGGCUCAUCGGACAAUGUUCCAGAGAGGAGAAGUGCAUAACAAACCCACGGGCUUCUGGGGAAUGAUAAAAAGUGUUACAACAUCUGUUGCAGGCAGUGAAAACCUGUCCCUUAUCCAGCAAGAAGUGGAUGCCCUAGAAGAGCUGAGUCGGCAGCUUUUUCUGGAAACUGCUGACUUGCAUGCAACAAAGGAGAGAAUAGAGUACUCAAAAACUUUCCAGGGAAAAUACUUUAAUUUUUUGGGUUAUUUUUUCUCCAUCUAUUGUGUCUGGAAAAUCUUCAUGGCAACCAUCAAUAUUGUAUUUGACCGUGUGGGGAAGACUGAUCCAGUCACAAGAGGAAUUGAGAUCACUGUAAAUUAUCUGGGAAUCCAGUUUGAUGUGAAAUUCUGGUCUCAGCACAUUUCCUUUAUUCUUGUUGGAAUAAUCAUUGUUACCUCUAUCAGAGGAUUGUUAAUCACACUUACAAAGUUCUUCUAUGCCAUUUCCAGCAGCAAGUCCUCCAAUGUUAUUGUUCUGCUUUUAGCACAGAUAAUGGGUAUGUACUUUGUGUCAUCAGUGCUCCUGAUCCGUAUGAGUAUGCCUCUAGAGUACCGCACUAUUAUUACAGAAGUCCUGGGAGAGCUCCAGUUCAACUUCUAUCAUCGUUGGUUUGAUGUGAUAUUCCUAGUUAGUGCACUGUCCAGUAUCCUUUUUCUCUAUUUAGCACACAAGCAAGCCCCAGAAAAGCAUAUGGCCCUGUAAGGAUGGACUACAGUCACACACUGCUCUCUGUCCUUUCAACUGCACUGCUGCAACUCCUGUGGACUGCAAAACUCGAAGACAGCCAGGACUAUUCUGUGUGUUCCAGCAGUGUAACUGGCUCUUUGAACUUCCACACAUGUCAUUAUCAAGCUCUGCGGCUCAUUUUGUUAAGGUGCCACAGCUUGAAGGAAAGGCGAUGCACGUAUUGAAUAUGAGAUAGUUCAUUGCCAAGUUAGAAGGUCACUCCUUGGCACACCAGUACGUAGGGGCAUUGGAACUUGCAUAGUAGGCUGUCUGAGGUAAGACGUCUUACUUUUAGAAGAGAAGGCACCAAGACAAUGUGAUUUGUCUGUUGAAAAUCAACUCAUAAUUGGGAUUCAGAAGAUGGUAAUUCUGGAGUUGAAUGUUUGAGUCUGUGGAAUUAAAUAAGCUUUUGUAAUGUUCCAUGCAAGCAUCACAGUUGUUUUUUUGUCAGCCCCAAAGAUUUGGCUGGAAGCGAGCUAGAAAGCGGCUAGGAUAUGCUGCCUGGCAGAAGUGAAGUGGAGAGAAUUUCACUCCAUUUCUGUAUAGAGUGUAUGCUAGUGUGUAUCACUAGUACCUACUGUCCUUAGGAGCUGGAGAUUAACUUUCUGUUGCUGAGUCUCAACUUUUUUUUCUCUCCCUGCAUAAAUGGAACUGAGGUUUUGGAUUCCUCUCUGCUAGAGUUCAUUGUGAAGUCAAAGACCACAGCUAUGCAUUGUUUGCCUUACAUGUUACAAAUUUGUUUACCUUAUAUGCUGUAAAUUUGGUGUUCCCCACAACCUGUGUAUUCUUCUACAGUAGCCCAUUUCCCCUUCUUGAUGUAAUUCAAGGCAUAAAUUUCAUUCAUGUGACUUAAACUUGUAGCUUCCCAUAGCCAAUCCCAGGCUUUGUUUUAAAAUUGUUCUGGAACAUGAAUCAUAGAUGGUAAGAGUAAGACCUGGGUGGGGAAGAAAUAGCCACUUUAAACAAUUUAUUUUUGUGUUGUCUUCAGUGUGCAAGGAGGCAAAGUAUGCAACAGCAGUAUUACAGAGCCAUUUAUGUCACAUUCAAGACAAUGUGGUGUUGACUUGGAGUUAGACAAACCUGCAUGACCAAAUUAUGUACACUAUUCUAAAUACCAUGAUCCACAACUGUAUGCAGGAGAGAACAGUAGUGCUUAAACGUCUUGAGUUAUGAAUUACGAAGUUAGCUUAAUGUUUGAAAGAAAUUUCUGCAAUGUUAGCAGGAUAAAGGCAUGUAAUGCACAGGGUAUGUUGGCUUAUGCUGUUUCACAGCAGUUGUACUGCUGUUAGUAUAGCAUAGAAGAGUUGCCACAGAGAUUGAGUUGAUGGACUUGGAUUAGGGGGAGAACUGCCUCUUCUGGGAGAUGAGGAGAAAUCAGUUGCUCUUCAUUAAGAGCUUAUCCUUAAAAGGCGAAGAUGUUUAUGAAUCUAUAAAAAGUUUCUGCCUUCUGCUGCACUAUACUUAAUUAUAUACUUCUAGUUAUUUAAGCCUUUACAGAAGUGACUAACUGCCCGCUUUACCAGGUGGAAAGCCAAUGAAGUACAAUUGCAGAGUGUUAAAUGAAUGCAAGUUACACCGAAGUGUUUAUUUCAGGCAGCUGCAUUUCAGCAAGAGAUUGCAGUCCUUUACAGGUAUGGCACUCACUAGGAAUAGUAAAGUUCUGGGAGGUGUAGUAGCAAAGAAUGAAUGACGAAAGAGGAUUUGGAAGGUUUC